CCCUCUUGCGUAGGCGACGUCAGCUCUGUGAGCUUCCAUACGUCACCUAGUAGUGUGGACAACAUGAGAGCGCAAACAGUGACUUUAGCAGCUGAUGGACACUAUACAGGCAUGUAAACAUGAACAUGCUAUGAUCAAUGGCUGUAUUACGACAAAAAUGCGCGUGUGUGCUUGUUGUGAUAGAUCGACAGCUCGGCUUAUAAAGCUGGUUGCAUCAUCCUGUUUGUUCCGGUAAGACGCACCGCUGCACCGCUCAAUAAGUGACCGGAGAUGGGACUCCAAGUUCUGCUGUACUGGCCGAAUAUUACUGGAUACAUUAGAAUCGGCCUUGUGUUUGCUGCAUGGGCUGCCUAUGAGACACCAGCAGUCUUUGUCUCUCUUUACUCCAUCUUCAUAGCACUUGAUGGAGUGGACGGCUGGCUGGCGAGGAGGCUGGGCCAGACCUCCAGGUUUGGAGCUUGGCUGGACGUAGUGGUGGACAACCUGGGCAGAGGCAUGCUGUGGAGCCUGCUGUUUGAGUGGGGUUGGCUGGUGUCUGCUUUGGAGUGGUGUGUGUUUGUGUGUAACCAUAACGCCAAAGGUGACCACUGGAAGAACAGUUUCAUCACCAGCCCUCGUUUCACACAAACCAUCAUGGCAAACGGGUUUCGGACACCUCUCGGCACAUUGGUGGUUAGCGGGCUGCACGGCCUCCCGCUGUGGCUGUAUGGGUGUCAGUGGGGUUUACUAUCCCACUGGCUAUACCUGCCUACCUGGAUCCAGGCUCUGGGGACCCUGCUGCUGGCUGCAGGCCGCCUGCUGGCUCUAUCAGUGGAGAUUUGGUGUAUAUGGGCACACAUUGAAUACCUCACCGAUGAUGAGGCGGAAGAGAAACAGAAGUGAAAGCCACUCAGCUGAGUCAGUCCUAUCUACGCUGGAAUAAUGCAGACAUUAUUCAACCACCUUUAUAUGAACAAUGGCCUCGGGUCACAUUUGGUUUUGUCCAAAGAAAAAGCGAUUCAGUCAUUGCUUUGGGAGAAUGUGGAUAAAAAUGAGCCAUAUUUAGACUUUUUGUUCUUAAAGACUUUUUGUUUUUCAUUCUGUUUAGGGAAUGUCAGCAGGCCAGUAAGAAAUAUAAAUAGGCCUGCACUAAACCCUUUUCUGUUGGGGGUAUUUGUGAUCGCUGUAAUUUAUGUCAUGAAAUGACAGUAGCCACCAAAGGGAGAGACCUAUUGUACACAGAUCAACACGUUCUCAUCUCAACUCGUCACAUACUGACGCUCUGUCAGACCCCUGUGUCACUUUUCGCUCACAGUAAACACGUGCGUAAUGUUGUGAAAUUAACAAAAACACUUAAGUUAGGUUUAGGAAAAAAAACAUGGUUGGGCUUAAAACGACUACUGUGAAAAUGAGACUUGACGUUGUGAAAACUGGACAUGAACAAUCAGCUGAUUGCAAAGUGAAAGUGAAGCGUAUCGCACGGGACACGAACAGUGGCCUCCUGGAUGUGUUUGUUGGACCCAUCCACCUCCACCUACCCUUCGCCUGGUGUUUUGCAUACCAGCACUAAAGGGUGCCUUGUGUGUCGGUAUUUGACGCCUUGGGGAUGAGAACGGGCUGCAUAGAUCACACCACUAUUGAACAGGAAGCCUGUAUAAAAAUAAUCUGCAGGGGAUUCAGUUUUGUGUUAAAUUAUAGUGUGUUGUACACCAGCAAAAUGUAGUUAAUGUAUAUUUUACACCUGCAAACCUGCUGCUAGACAUAAGAAUGUUUGAGAAUGUUGAAAAAUGUGUCUUUGCUAACGCAACUACAACAAUGUAUGACUUUACAUAGAUCAUACCUCCAGUUUAUUCUCAGACUUCAGCAAGAGGCUUACUCUGAAACCAUUUCCUCAAUAAAAUAAGCCAAUAAAUGCAAAGACAUAGCAUUACUACCAAAAACUAGAACAUGUAUGUCCUGCAGAAAAUGCGUGUGAAUGCUGAAAGCUAAAAUAAAUGGUGAAAAUGCAGAAAUGUGAAAUGACUUGCCUAAAAACAUUACAGCUCAAAUGCAUUGCACUGCACUGCUGAUAUCCACAGGGAGGUUAUUCCAUGAAACAUUCCCCAGCACUCAGCUCUGUCUGUCCCUCUCCGUCCACUCCAUCUCCACCUCCACCUUCAACUACGCUCUUCAUCGGAGACUCCAUCGUGAGGAACGUGAGGAAGAAAAACGGCCGAAACUUUUUGCUUCCCUGGCGCAAAGGUGACCAACAUCUAAGGAAAAGAUUCCGGACAUCCUGGCCAAACACCCGCUCGCUAAGGAUGUUGUCAUACAUGUUGGUUGCAAUGACAUUUCCAACCAGUCACUGAGUUGCUGAAGCGGGACUUUUAAUAAACUCCACGAUUACCACUAAAGGUCCAGGAAACUGAACGGGCUGUGAUAUAAAAUACAUUUGAUAGUACCAUCAACUGUCCUUCUAUUAUAUUUACAUUUGUUUGGCCAUGUUUCGUUGCACUGGGAUGUGAAUAAAUUGCAGUUUAAGGUGUGAACACAAGAGAAAAA